AGCGCCGCGGCUUUCUGAAGCAUUGGUUUCUUGCCGGCGUUGGUGCACCCUGCUUGGCGGGGAGCCUCCGGAGCUAUGCCGAUGGAUGUGAUUUUAGUUUUGUGGUUUUGUGUGUGCGCCACCAGGACAGUGCUGGGCUUUGGGAUGGACCCUGAUCUUCAGAUGGACAUUAUCACAGAGCUCGACCUUGUGAACACGACCCUGGGGGUCACUCAGGUGGCCGGACUACACAAUGCCAGCAAAGCAUUUCUAUUUCAAGAUGUGCAGAGAGAGAUCCACUCGGCCCCUCACGUCAGCGAGAAGCUGAUCCAGUUGUUCCGGAAUAAGAGUGAGUUCACCUUUUUGGCCACAGUGCAGCAGAAGCCGUCCACCUCGGGGGUGAUACUGUCCAUCCGGGAGCUGGAGCACAGCUAUUUUGAACUGGAGAGCAGUGGCCCCAGGGAAGAAAUACGGUACCAUUACAUACAUCGUGGGAAGCCCCGGACGGAGGCCCUACCCUACCGCAUGGCCGACGGACAGUGGCACAAGGUUGCAUUGUCAGUGAGCGCCUCUCACCUCCUGCUUCAUGUCGACUGCAAUAGGAUCUAUGAGCGUGUGAUAGACCCUCCAGAGACCAACCUUCCUCCAGGAAGCAAUCUGUGGCUUGGGCAACGGAACCAAAAGCAUGGCUUUUUCAAAGGGAUCAUCCAAGAUGGCAAGAUCAUCUUCAUGCCGAACGGGUUCAUCACACAGUGUCCCAACCUAAAUCGCACUUGUCCAACAUGCAGUGAUUUCCUGAGCCUGGUUCAAGGAAUAAUGGAUUUGCAAGAGCUUUUGGCCAAGAUGACUGCAAAACUGAAUUACGCAGAGACAAGACUUGGUCAGCUGGAGAAUUGCCAUUGCGAGAAGACCUGCCAAGUGAGUGGGCUGCUCUACAGGGACCAAGACUCCUGGGUGGAUGGUGACAACUGCAGAAACUGCACGUGCAAAAGCGGGGCCGUGGAGUGCCGAAGGAUGUCCUGUCCGCCACUCAACUGUUCCCCAGACUCGCUUCCUGUGCACAUUUCCGGCCAAUGUUGUAAAGUUUGCAGACCAAAAUGUAUCUAUGGAGGAAAAGUUCUUGCCGAGGGCCAGCGGAUUUUAACCAAGAGCUGCCGGGAAUGUCGAGAUGGAGUCUUGGUAAAGAUUACAGAAGCUUGCCCUCCUUUGAACUGUUCCAAAAAGGAUCACAUUCUUCCGGAGAAUCAGUGCUGUAGAGUCUGCCGAGGUCAUAACUUCUGUGAAGAAGCACCUAAGUGUGGAGAAAACUCAGAAUGCAAAAACUGGAAUACAAAAGCGACCUGUGAGUGCAAGAGCGGAUACAUCUCCAUGCAGGGCAACUCUGCGUACUGUGAAGAUAUCGAUGAGUGUGCAGCUAAGAUGCACUACUGUCAUGCCAACACAGUGUGUGUCAACCUGCCGGGAUUAUAUCGCUGUGACUGCAUCCCAGGAUACAUCCGUGUGGAUGACUUCUCUUGUACGGAGCAUGACGACUGUGGCAGCGGACAGCACAACUGUGACAAAAACGCCAUCUGCACCAACACCGUCCAGGGACACAGCUGUACCUGCCAGCCGGGCUACGUGGGAAAUGGCACCAUCUGCAGAGCCUUCUGCGAGGAGGGCUGCAGAUUCGGCGGUACCUGCGUGGCUCCUAACAAGUGCGUCUGUCCUUCCGGAUUCACAGGAAGCCACUGCGAGAAAGAUAUUGAUGAAUGUUGCAGAGGGGAUUCGUUGAGUGGCCACAACCACUCCCGCUGCGUUAACCUGCCAGGGUGGUACCACUGUGAGUGCAGAAGCGGUUUCCAUGACGAUGGGACCUACUCACUGUCCGGGGAGUCCUGCAUUGACAUUGAUGAAUGUGCCUUAAGAACUCACACCUGUUGGAAUGACUCCGCCUGCGUCAACUUAGUGGGAGGCUUCGACUGCCUGUGCCCCGCUGGGCCCUCGUGCUCUGGGGACUGCCCCCAUGAAGGAGGACUGAAGCACAACGGGCAGGUGUGGAUCCUGAGAGAAGACAGGUGUUCUGUGUGUUCCUGCAAGAAUGGGAAGAUAUUCUGCCGGCGGACAGCUUGUGAUUGCCAGAACCCAAACGUUGACCUUUUCUGCUGCCCAGAGUGUGACACCAGGGUCACGAGCCAAUGUUUAGAUCAAAGCGGACACAAGCUGUAUCGAAGUGGAGACAACUGGACCCACAGCUGCCAGCAAUGCCGGUGUCUGGAAGGAGAGGCAGACUGCUGGCCUCUAGCUUGUCCUAGUCUGAGCUGUGAAUACACAGCCAUCUUUGAAGGGGAAUGUUGUCCUCGCUGUGUCAGUGACCCCUGCCUGGCUGAUAAUAUUGUCUAUGACAUCCAAAAAACUUGCCUGGACAGCGCUGGUGUUUCAAGGCUGAGCGGUGCAGUGUGGACGAUGGCUGGAUCUCCUUGUACAAGCUGUAAAUGCAAGAAUGGGAGAGUCUGCUGCUCUGUGGAUUUGGACUGUCUUGAAAACAACUGAAGUAUUUCCAAUGGACUCAUCACAGGAUAAAGACGGACAAAAUGACCAUCCAGCCUGAGGAGGAAGAGGGACUGAUCUUGUUUUUAAACGACAGUCGAUUACCAAAGUCUCCAUCUGAGGACGGUGUUUGGGUGGCCUUUGCCACUUUGCUCAUCCUUGCUGAUCUAGUCUAGAUGCCUGC